GUUGCCACUCCUGCAACAUUCUGACGCGGUGGCAACGCCGUUGCGUUGUAUAUACAGAAAUCAAAUAAGAAUUUUUUGCAAAUCGGAAACGCGCUUAAAUAACGAUAAUAACAAUUAAAAAAAGACUACAAAAACAAUAAACUGAGAAGCGAAAUGAAACUGGAAGAGCUCUUGACAAAGGGUGCAUCAUCGCCGCAGGAGGACGACGACGAUGAUGAAAAGGCGGAGUCGAAAACAAAAGCCACAAAUGCCUCCGACGAGGGGGUGGAGAACGCUGAAGAUGCUGCUGAGGAGUCUGCUGAAAAGGAAAGCGCAACGGGCAAGAAAAAAGGCACACGCAAAAAACGUUCACUCAAUUGGGAGGAAGCGGAGCGCGGCCUGCUGCUAGAGGUCAUCAAAACAAAAGUUGCAUUCGUUGAGAAUCGCAGCGUCGACGCCAAAAGCAUCAAGGCCAAGCGACUGGCCUGGUCGCAAAUAACCAAACAAUUCAAUGCCCUGAACUUUCGACAUCGCCUGCUGGAGCAAAUUCAAGUGCAGUGGCGCAGCAUGAAAAAUUCGGCGAAGCGCGAACAUCAGCAAAAGCAUCCAAAAUCGGAUGCGCUAGAGGGCAUGCGCAUGAUUGAGUUCAUGGAGGAAUUGCAAAAGGAUCCGGUAUCGUCGCGCAGUCAAACGCGCAGCGGCACCAAUGGCGCUGUAAAUGUACCACUGAAAAAGGAACUGCUCGAAUUAGAUGAGGACGAGGAUAUGCCACUGGCUGCCUUGCCAAAUUCAACAAAUGCCAGUGAGGAUACAUUGCAAACAUCCACCAUAGCCAUACCCUCACCACCGCCCUCCACCGCCGGCGGCGACUCACAGCAGGAGAGCGCCCAACCGCAAUCAGCGCCCAAUAGACGCAAACGUGCCAAAGCCAAACCAUUGCUGAGCAGUAAGGACGACACAGACGGCACUACUGGCCCGCCGGACAACGACAAGACUUCACCAACGCGCAAAAGGCGACAACGCAACCAUUCACAGGCACAGUCGGUGCUAUCCGAGGAUGAGGCGCCGGCUGCUAGUGCCGCCGCAGUUGGAGCAUAUACGCCAGCCACAGCUGCCAAUGAGGCAAUUAGCUGCUUGGACAUGGAGGAGAAAUACAAACAGCAGCUGUUCAAGCUGCUUAAGCAAGCGCGCCUGGCCGAGAUUGAUUAUGCACGGCGCGAGCACGAGCAAAAGCUGCGCUUUGAGCAAAUGGAGCAGGAACUCAAGAUGUCGUACUAUCGACAGGAGCAGGACCUCAAGCUGCGACAUAUGCGCGAGGAGCACGACAUACGGUUGCGUCAACAGCGGCGCGAGCACGAAGCCCGUCUCACUGUUUACAAUCUCAACAGCAGCGCCUACAACGGCAACGGCGAACUGCAACAGCAGCAGCAGCUACAGGAGGAGGAGCAGCAGCAGCAGCAGUCACAGUUGCCGCACGGCGUGCGCUGCAAUGCCAAAACGGACUAUAAUAAUGUGCACCUGGAUGGCGGCACAGCUCAGCCACAGCCAUCGACAUCGUCAAGCAGCAGCAGCACGGAAGCAGCGCUGGCGCUCAACACCAACUCUUUGGCUUACAACUAGUUGUUGUAGGCACACCCAUACACACACACACACACACACACACCCAGUCACCGAGAACACAUGAUAAUACGCAUUGCCAGAAUUUAGUGGAUACUGUAUACAAAAGAGGAAACAACAAAAAACUUAGCUUGAAAUGCGUUUAGCAAAAUGUAGAAGACUCUCAAAUUGUCUCAAAAGACACAGACUAUUCAUGAUUGAAUAUGGACAUUAAAUCAUAUACAAUAUACUCACGUUGCCACACGCAGGCGACGUCUUUUUUCGCGCCCUGCACGGACACAAAUCGAAUGGACUGUUUUUUUCUUUUUCUUUUUUCGUUGGUUUUGGUGCAUGCCACAACACAGACUAACAGACAACCAACCACCCACCCAGACAGACAAACAAACACACACUACGCAAACAUUAUUUGCAUUUUUUCAAUAUUAGUAUUAUUAUUAUAUUUGUAUCCUGGUAUCUGUUAAGUGAACUUGCUCUACAAAGUUAUGAAUAUUUAUGAAUUUCACAAGCGGUUGUGUCGCAAGAACAAACAAACAAAACAAAAAUCAAAUAAUACUCAAAGAACCCUCGAAACACACAUGCAGAAAGGAAACAAAAGAAAUCCUCGCAUGAGUUUUUCCAAUUUCCAAUUUGAAGAAAACCUA